CACUUGUUGAUUUUAUAGGAUAAAGAAAGAGAAAAGAAAAAACUUGAAUCCGUCAAAAGUUUUCGUAAAUAUGUGGAUAAAAGUUAAAUCAAAGCUGUAAUGUGAUACAUAUUGCUCCAAAAUGGGAUAUGAUCAUCGUGCGAUUGAACCAAAUGGUGAAAUAUCAGGAAUUACAUUGUCAACAUUUUAUAAUCAAAUAUUUGGUUAAGAAUCUGAGAUAUGAGUCAAUCCUCUGGUCAUGAGCGUAUAUCACCUCUGCCUAUGGUAUGUCCACUAGUACGACUUGGCCUGAAUUCUAACUCAACAGGAACAACUAAAUCUGAAGAUGAAUCAUACAUGUUUGAAAACUAUGACUAUAGCUCUGAAUAUGACAAAUCAUAUAAAAACAAUACAGAUAGAACAUGCCACAACAAACAGAUGUCAAUAGACAAAAGUUACUUACAGAAACAGUCGAGUGAUGCUGAUUAUUUGCCAAACUACUAUCGGCCAAAUGAGUAUCUUCCAUCAUCUCAAGACUAUAACAAAAAUAACAACUUGGAAUCUCAACAUCAUAAUGUGCACUAUUCUCCCAAGCAUGAUGGUUUAUCUUUGUCUGUCACAUCGAAUUACUGGGAACAUGAAAACUAUGACAAAUUUCAAAACAAUCCAUCAGAUUUUUAUUCUUCCAAUAGUGAGCCACCAGAAACAAAUUAUUUAUUAGAGAAUUUCACGAAACUUGGUAAAUCUAGUCCAACUUUAGACCAAGGCUACCAUACUCUCAUCGGCAGCAAUACAGGUUUGGUCACAACAGACCUAUGGAGCAAUGGAAACUACAAAGGCAAGAAGUAUCAGACAAAAAAUAAUUCUUUUGACAGACUACCAGAUGAGCUAGUAGUGAAGAUAUUUUCAUUUCUAACAAGCAUUGAUCUGAGUAUCUGCGCUCAGGUCUGUAGAAGAUUUGAUGUUCUAGCUUGGACUCCAUCACUUUGGAGGAACAUUAUCUUAGAUGAUGACUCUGUGAGUGGUGACAGGGCAAUCAGAGGUGUAUUAAGACAACUCUGUGGGCAAGGCAGAACGGGGGCAUGCCCCAGUGUUGAAAAGAUUUAUAUUACAAAUGGGGUCAGGUUACUGGACAAGAGCUUACUGCUCUUAGCUAGGAGGUGUCCAGAACUAACCCACUUGCAGUUACAAGGGUGCAGUAACUUAACUAACAAUGCUUUAAUGGAAGUGGCUACUAGGUGUAUUAAUUUGCAGCAUUUAGAUAUUUCAGGUUGUACAAAAAUAUCCUGCAUAGGUGGCUUAGGACCUCCAAGGAGAUUACAGUUGCAAUAUUUGGAUCUCACUGAUUGUCUGGCAGUGCAAGACAGUGGUCUUAUGGUCAUUGUACGCAACUGUCCACACUUAGCAUAUUUGUAUCUAAGAAGGUGCAUCCAAAUAACAGAUGCAGGACUAAAAUAUGUGCCAAGCUUCUGCUCGGGCCUUAGAGAACUUAGUGUUAGUGAUUGUUCAAACAUCACAGAUUUUGGGUUAUAUGAGCUAGCCAAGCUAGGAGCAACUUUGAGAUACCUCUCAGUAGCGAAAUGUGACAGAGUCAGUGAUGCUGGACUAAAAGUGAUAGCGAGAAAAUGCUACAAGCUGCGCUACCUUAACGCCAGAGGUUGCGAAGCAGUUUCUGAUGAUGCAAUCACCGUCCUGGCAAGGUCUUGCACUAGGCUGAGAGCAUUGGAUGUUGGCAAAUGUGAUGUUAGUGAUGCAGGAUUGAGAGCUUUAGCAGAGAGCUGUCCUAAUCUAAAAAAGCUGAGCUUACGAAAUUGUGAUCUUGUUACUGAUAGAGGAGUGCAAUGCGUUGCGUACUAUUGCAGGGGACUGCAGCAACUAAAUAUUCAAGAUUGCCAGAUUUCUCUGGAAGGUUACAGAGCUGUAAAGAAAUAUUGUAAAAGAUGUGUUAUAGAGCAUACGAAUCCGGGAUUUUUUUAGCUUAUUUUUUUUAUGUGAAAUAUUUAUUUAUAUACCUAUUUUUUAUUAAAUUUUCGUAAUUUUGUAA